AUGGUAUUCAAAAUAUUCAAAGGUAAAAAAUUAUUUUAUAAUAAAACUUGUAGAUAUAGGUCAACACAUGUCAAUUGUUCAUCAUUAUUUGGUCCAGAUAUUUCAGGUCAACAAGUUAAAUCAAUUGAUUUAUAA